GAAAGGGAGAAAAAAAGAAAAAGAAAAAGAAAAAGAAAAAAAGAAGAAAAGGUUUUCUACUUUCGGUCCGCAGGAAUAACUUCCAAAAAUGGAAACGUUUUUGAAGUAAACUGACUUACCUCGAAACAGAGACAGAGACAGAGAUAGGAGAGAGAGAGGGGGGGUGGUGGUGGUAGAAGGGAGAAACGUACACACACAUACACAUAUAACACACACAUACACACACAACACACUCAUGAACACAUAUACAUAGACCAUAUAUAAGCACGAAACAUGCGCACACAGUGGGUAAUAGUGUUUCACGUCGACCUCGUGUCGGUUAAAAGAGGCAAAACGUCGUAUAUUUGAGCCAUGCUCACUCGUAGUGACCUCGAGCGAUCUUCUAAUCUCGUUUUCUCUGUAUGCUGUAUAUGCACCGCGUCGAAAGAGAGAGAUAGAGAUAGAUAGAGAGAUAGAGAGAGAGAGAGAGAGAGAGAUAGAGAGAGAGAGAGAGAGAGAGAGAGAGAGAGAGAGAGAGAGAGAGAGAGAGAGAGAGAGAGAGAGAGAGAGAGAGAGAGAGAGAUAGAGAGAGAGAAAGAAAUACAUUCAAACGCAUUCUAUUUUCUAGAAAUACAUUAAAAGUAUUCUAUUUUCUAUUUCCUUAUAUCUAUUUUACAUAAACAUUUUACUGAUCGACGAUAAUCGAUUCUAUUUCAAGAGGGGAAAUAAAAAAGGUUAAUGUAAAAAAAAUAUGCAAGUACGUACCGAGUUAAGUGUAUAAGAGAUAAGUAAGAAAAUGCAUACAUAUACAUAUACGUAUAUACGUAAUGAGUUAAUAUAUAUAUAUACAUAAAAAGAAACUAUUAUGAAUUGUAACGCGAACGCAUUAUAUAUAUAUAUAUAUAUUAAAAAAAAAAAAAUAAAUAAAUAAAUAAAACAGGAAAGAAAAUAGAAGAAUGAAGAAGAUAGAUAUAUUACGAAUUAAAUACGCGACAAAAAAACCGAGAACCGUACUCGACGAUAGUCGCACUGACACUGACAGCGUUCUGUCAUCAUCGCGCUAUCACCACAUGGUCGCUACGUUCUCGGCCAUCUUCGACUACGCUCGGCUAACUUCGAUUUUCCUUUCUCGAGAGGACUUCGUGACGACAACUACGACACAACGACAACGGCAACGCGGCGAUGACGACGUUCGCCGUCCCUGUUGCUCUUCUCUUCAUCUCAGUGGAUCUUCAGAGGGGCAAGGGUAAGGAUGUAGAAAUACGUUCGUUGAGAAAAAGAAGAGAUCGUGCUGAAAGGGAAUUGAGAAGGAAGGAGACGAAACUACUACUACUCUACUACUACUACACUACUACUACUACGCGACGACAACGACGACUUAGGAGUGGAAUGAUCGAUGAGUUCGAUAAGAAAAGCAGAAGAAAAAGAAGAAGAAGAAGCAACAGAAAAAAAGCUAAUCUUUUCCAAACGUAAACGUGAACGUGAAAGAAACGUGAUAGUCGAAUAAAUGUGUAACGUGUUCCACUGUAACGAAGAAGGGGCAUUUCCCUGAGAUAAGAGAGACAAAAGAGAAAGAUAAAUGGAAUCCUAUACAGCAUGUAAGUAAAUAGGUACAUGGAAUAGAUAGAUCAUCGGAUCGGAUCGGAUCGUCUAUUAAAUCAAUCUAUUACUCUUUAUUUCUAUCUUCGUUCGAUGUUUCUUUCACGACGAUAAAAUCUAACGACGAAGACUAUGCCGACUACAAAUACGACUCGUAAUGGCGCUUCGAUCGCACUGUCGGUACUCUCUCUUAUCGGCAUAUCAUUUCACUGGAGUAUUUAACCUAACCACGUCUUAGAAGACAGACGCAUGGUCGUACUGCUUAGAUUUACAAGUAAGUAAAACGAUUUUAUAAUGAUUUAGUAUGAUAAAUAUCGUGUAAUAUUUAUAAAAUAAAUACAACUAGUUUGAGAAAAUGUCUAACGAAGAAGAUAAUAUAAAACAUAAGACGCAUAGAGAACGUAAUGCUGGUCGUAAAGCGGAAAAGAAAAAAGCGAAAAAUCAACAUGUUCAAGAAUUGACGGAUAAACAGAAAAAUCCAAAAGCAUUUACGUUUAAUUCAGCUAUUAAAGCGGAACGACGAUUUAGACGUAAGCAGGAUAUUGAAACUAAAAAGCAACAUAUUCCUGUAGUAGAUAGAACGCCUUUGGAGCCACCGCCAAUAUUGGUCGCAAUUGUAGGACCACCUAAAGUUGGAAAAUCCUUACUUAUACAAUGUUUAAUUAAAAGUUAUGUUAAACAACCAUUAACUAAUAUAAUCGGUCCUGUUACCGUAGUAUCCGGCAAGAAAAGAAGGAUUACAUUUAUGGAAUGUAACAAUGACAUAAGUUGUAUGAUAGAUAUUGCAAAAGUAGCUGAUUUGGUAUUAUUAUUAGUGGAUGCAUCUUUUGGCUUUGAAAUGGAGGUCUUUGAAUUUCUCAAUAUAUGUCAAGUUCAUGGUAUGCCAAGAAUUAUGGGAGUAUUAACUCAUUUAGAUUUAUUUAAAAAUGCAAAACAAUUGAGAAAAACAAAGAAAAUAUUGAAACAUAGAUUUUGGACUGAAGUAUAUGCUGGUGCAAAAUUAUUUUAUCUUUCUGGAUUAAUUCACGAUGAAUAUCUUCGCACGGAAAUAAAAAAUCUGUCAAGAUUUAUAUCGGUUAUGAAAUUUAGACCAUUGACUUGGCGUACCUCCCAUCCUUAUAUACUUGCAGAUAGGAUAGAAGAUUUAACAUCACCUGAAUUGAUAAGGAAAAAUGCCAAAGUUGAUAGAACAAUAUGUUUAUAUGGGUAUGUUAGAGGAGUUCCCUUGAAUAAAGAAUCUUCCAUUCAUAUGCCUGGCUGUGGAGAUCUUAGAAUUAAAGAUGUAAGUUAUUUACCUGAUCCGUGCCCGCUUCCUGAACAAUUAAAGAAACGUGCAUUAAUAGAAAAAGAAAGAUUAAUAUAUGCACCCUUUUCUGGGAUCGGUGGAAUUGUUUAUGAUAAAGAUGCAGUUUAUGUAGAAUUAGCAGGUAGUCAUUCUCAUAAAGAGGAAGAUACAGGUUUAACUGGUGCAUUGAUGGAUACUCAAGAAACAUUAGAUCAAAAGUUACAACAUAGCGAAUUACAAUUAUUUAGUGAUACUGUUCCAAUAAAAUCUAAGGAUAUUAAUGAAGAUUUUAAUUCUCAUUACAUUGGAGAAAAUGUAAUUGAAGAUGGAAGAAUAAGAAGGAAGGUUAUUUUUUCUGAUUCCAAAGAAACAACAACAGCAGCAGCAGCAACUUCUGAUGAGGAUGAGGAUGAUGGUAACGAAGAAGAGGAUAAUAAUAUUGAAGAAUUCAAUAAUGAAGAUGAUGAAGAUGAUGACGAUAAUGAUGAUGAUAUAGAAGAGAAUACAAGUAGAAGAGGUAUUAAAAGAAAGAGUCAGGAUUUACAAUUGAUAACCUCUAAAGAGAAAAAGAAAAAAAUUCAUUCUAUUAAUUCUAAUAAAGAAGAUAGUGAUGUAGAUGAUGAUUUUAAAGAUGAUAGUAAUAAGGAAGUUAAAGAUAAAGGAGAAAUAGAAGUCUAUCAUUCUUUAAGUAAAGAAUCCGAUAUCCAAGUUAAGAAUAAAAUUACAGAAGUUCUUAAUAUUUUGGAGGCAAGUACAAGCAAUAGGAAUUUGGAUGAAAGUGAUAAUGAAAGUGAUAAUGAAAGUUUUGAUGAGCUUAGUGAUGAUGAUUCCCGUGGUGGUUUAGAAAUAGAUAAUUCUGAUGAUGAUAAUGAUUUUGAAGAAGAGUUGAGAAAAAAAGAUCACAAUAUAAAUGAAAGUGAGAAUGAAAGUGAGGAAGAAAUUGCAGAUGAAUUUAAAUGGAAGACUAAUUUAAUGGACAAAGCCAAAAAAGCAUUUAUAAAUCGUCGAGAAAGUAAUAAAAAUUUAAUGAAAAUUGUUUAUGGAGUAUUUGAUAAAGGCAUACAGAAUAAUGAUAAGAAAAUUAAAGAACAAGAAGAUGAAAAUUAUAAUGAAUCAGUUGGUGAAAUAUUUAAAAUCGUACAAGAAAAGCAAAAAGAAAAAUUACAAGAGCGUGAAUUACAAAAUUUGGAUGAAUGCGUAUUCUUUUCAAAAGAACCUUCACGUGAUUGGUUGGAUGAGGAGAAUAAAGUGUUGUUGCUAAAUUGUUUUGUUACUGGUAAGUGGAAAGAAUCUGAAGACGCAGAGGAACUUUUAAAAUUAGAUGAUAUGAAUGAAGAUGAAGUGUAUGGAGAUUUUGAGGAUUUAGAAACUGGGGAAAAACAUAAAGCAGAUGAUUCGCAACAAUCAGAAAAUAAUGAAAUGGAUGAAAAGAAAAAACUUCUUGAGAAGAAAAAAAAGUUAAAAGAACAAUUUGAUGCCGAGUACGAUAAUGGAGAAUCAAAAUCGUAUUACGACGAAUUAAAGCAAGAGGUAGAUAAACAAGCAGAAUUAAACAAAUCAGAAUUUGAAGGAAUAGAUGAUGAUGUUAGAGUUCAAUUAGAAGGUUAUCGUCCAGGAAUGUAUGUGCGUGUAGAGAUACAAACUGUACCUUGUGAAAUAAUUACAAAUUUAGAUCCAUCGUAUCCACUCAUUAUUGGAGGAUUAUUACAUGGAGAAGAGAAUAUAGGUUAUGUGCAAACGCGGAUUAAAAAGCAUCGAUGGUAUUCGAGAAUUUUAAAAAGUAAAGAUCCAUUGAUAUUUUCUGUAGGUUGGAGAAGAUUUCAAACAUUACCGAUUUAUUCUAAAUUAGAAGAUAAUCUACGUAGUAGAAUGUUAAAAUAUACCCCUGAACAUGUUGCUUGUAUGGCACAUUUUUGGGGCCCUAUCACGCCACAAGGUACCGGAGUUCUUGCAAUUCAGGAUAUUGCUAGUAGAGAACCAGGUUUUAGAAUAGCAGCAACUGGUUCGAUUGUAGAAAUGGAUAAAAGUACUCAAAUCAUGAAAAAAUUAAAACUAACUGGUGUACCAAUGAAAAUUUACAAAAAAACGGCCUUUAUUAAGGAUAUGUUUAACAGUACGUUGGAAGUAGCUAAAUUUGAGGGUGCAAAGAUAAAAACAGUUUCUGGUAUUCGUGGUCAAAUAAAAAAAGCAGUUUCGAAACCGGAAGGUUGUUUCCGUGCCUCAUUUGAGGAUAAAAUUUUGUUGAGUGAUAUAGUUUUUUGUCGUACUUGGUAUAGAGUCGAGGUACCAAAAUUCUAUAAUCCUGUAACAUCACUUUUGUUACCUCCUACAGAAAAAAAUCAAUGGCGUGGAAUGAAAACAACUGGUCAAUUAAAACGAGAAAAGAAUAUUCGUGCAAAUAUUAACACUGAUUCACUUUAUAUUCCUAUUGAAAGAACCUUGAAGGUAUUUAAACCAUUAAUUAUACCACGUAAUUUACAAAAGGAACUACCUUAUAAAGACAAACCUAAACUUGAACCUAACCCUCGUACACGGAAAACUAAAUUUGAAGAACGUAGAGUAGCUGUUGUACGAGAUGCCAAAGAAGAAAAUGUAGCGCGUCUAAUGAAAAUGAUUAGAACGACGUAUGCUCAUAAGCAAAAACAACUUAGAAAAGCUACGGUAGACAGGGUUAGAGCCCUUAAAGCACGAGUUACAGCGGAAGAAACAAAAAAAUUGAAAAAACAGAAAGAAUAUAAAAAACAGAUUUUUAGAGACCUUAGUAAGUUAGAAAAGAAAAAUAAAAAGAUAUAAUUUCUAAAUGGAGGAUUUACACGCACAUAGUAAAUUAAAUGUAAUUAAUUAUAUAAACAAGUUCUUUUUUUUUUUUUUUUGUUUUUUAAUUAGUUAUUCUCUAUGUCAAUUAUAUAUUAUAUUGUCAAUUUAUUGUAAUAA